GUGUACAAUUAUCUUGCAACGCUCGCAUCAACGCUCGCAUACGCAACGUGGCCGGUGUGGUUUGCUUGUGAUGAUUAACGAUUUAUAAUAUGGCUGGAGCAACCCAAUAAUGUAAAAACGACAUGUCCCAUAGUUCCGCGCGGCAUUUCGUAAGCGGAACACAUCUAUGUAUGCAAAGAGACGAGAGCAUUGGACGAGACUGCUGUCUGUUGAUAUUAGUAAAAACUUGAAAAUGGAAAACGAUUGCCUUGAAAGUUUAAUCUUAAAGUUACAUGAUGUUCAGGCCGUGAAAUUCGGAACGUUCACGCUGAAGAGUGGAAUAACAUCGCCGAUUUAUUUUGAUCUCAGAGUUAUUGUUUCCUACCCAUCGCUUAUGAACCAGGUAUCAAUGUAUCUUUACCAACGCGCCAAAGAUGAGGACUUGAAAUACAACUCACUGUGUGGUGUACCAUACACUGCUCUGCCCCUGGCUACAAUCAUCUGCUCCAAACACGAGCUGCCUAUGCUGAUCCGAAGAAAAGAAGCCAAAGACUAUGGAACUAAGAAGAUUAUAGAGGGGACCAUUCACCCUGGAGACACUUGUCUGAUCAUCGAGGAUGUUGUGACCAGCGGCAGCAGCGUCAUGGAGACGGCACUGGUGCUUCAGGCGGAGGGUUUAAAGGUCACCGAUACCAUCGUGCUGAUGGACAGGGAGCAGGGAGGUAGGGCCAUGCUGGCCAAGAAGGGCAUCGCACUCCACUCCGUCAUCUCCGUCUCCAAACUUCUCGACGUUCUGCUCCAGGCGGACCGCAUCGAUUAUCCCACCGCCCAGAGUGUGCGCAGGUUCAUCCAGGAGAACAACACCUACAAGCCCUCGGGGGAGGAGGAGAAGAACGGCUCGCCUGUGGCCAAGAAGCCCGGCAAGCUGGCGGAGUUGACCUAUGGCGACAGGGCCCAGCUCCGAACCACACAUCCUCUGGCUGCCCAGCUCUUCAGGUUGAUGGAGGAGAAGAAGACCAACCUGUGUGUGUCGGCGGACGUGACAGGCUGCGAGGAUCUGCUGCAGCUGGCUGACUCUCUGGGGCCUCAGAUGUGCGUGCUGAAGACUCACGUGGACAUCCUGCGGGACUUCAGCCCAGCCUUCAUCCAGCCCCUCAAGGACCUGGCCCACAAACACAACUUCCUCAUCUUUGAGGACCGCAAGUUUGCUGACAUCGGGAACACGGUCAAGCACCAGUAUGAAGGUGGGCUCUACCAGAUCGCCUCGUGGUCUCAUAUGGUGAAUGCCCAUGCGGUGCCAGGCCCUGGGGUGGUAGAGGGGCUCAGUGUGGUGGGCCUCCCACUGGACCGCGGCUGUCUCCUCAUAGCUCAGAUGAGCUCCCAGGGUUCCCUAGCAACAGGGGACUACACGCAGGCUGUGGUGAAAAUGGCUGAGGAGCACUCUGACUUUGUGUUUGGGUUCAUCUCUGGCUCCAAGAUCAGCAGCAAGCCUGAAUUCCUACAUAUGACUCCAGGGGUGCAGAUGCAGUCAGAAGGAGACGGUCUUGGCCAGCAGUACUCCAGUCCUGAUGAUGUGAUCUAUAAAAAAGAAUCGGACGUCAUCAUUGUUGGCCGUGGUAUCCUGGGGGCCUCUGAUAGGGUGAAGGCUGCCACAGAGUACAGAGAGGCCGGCUGGAACGCCUACGUCAAGAGACUCACCGCGUCAAGACAAUGAAAAGUCAAAAAAUGGGUGGGGGUUUGCAUCCCAAAGGGCACCCUAUUCCCCGUAUAGUGCACUACUUUUGACUAGGACCCUAUGGGAUUUGGUCAAAAGUAGUACACUAUAGUGGUAUGGAUGCCAUUAGGGCUACAGACAGACUAGAGCAGGCACCACAUCGACAAUGUGAAACCAUGAUUAUUCCCUCCAAACAGCUGCUGGGGCCUGUUCUUACUCUUAUGGCUUCUCGUUAUAACCCUCGCUUGCUAAAUCAGCUGAACUGCGACAAUGCUCAUCUUUGGCAACAGGGACACAUUUCAGGAUUUCUUCCCCCCCACCCUCAGUGUUAUUUGUAUAUGAUCAUUUUGAAACAUUUCAAAUUGGAUUAUUUGUGUUAACCAAUAAUAUGGAACUGUGAAAUGAAUUCAGUAGAUGCAUUGGGCUGUAAUGAUUGGUGUUCUUUGAAGUCACUUUAAACAUCUCUAGCCUAGGAUUCUGUUCCUUUGCCUCAAGUGCGGUUUCUAUAGAAGAACACGGUGGAUGCUAGGGCUACUAUCAUUGUGAUGGAGAACUGUGGAGAGAUUCAGUUUACCAAACAAUCCUUGGCAUUGUGUAUUGGUUCAUCGACAUUACAACAAUCACGUGUUCACGACAGUAGUUAUUUGAAGCCAAUGUGUGACGAACCACGCUAGUCCAUAAACCUCUAGUGGUUCCGGGGUGAUGUGCCGGGUGUACGCUGUGCCCUAAUCAUUAAUAAACAGUGCGAAUGUGCAUGGCUUGUUUCAGUUAUGGGGGGGGGGGAUCUACUUUCUGUCUACUAUUUGGCAUAGCCGAUAUAACACACCAAAGUCUUUUUGGAAGGGAAGGUCUGACGUUGAGCGUUGAAGGAACUCAUUUGCAAGUCACAUGAUAUGAAAAUAUGUGUAAAUGACAUGGGAGUAGGUAGGCAUGGGAACAGAGGUGGCAGGUGGGUUUUCUUCUACCUUCAACACAGGUGAAUGAAGCCACCGUUCAAUGGCCCAUUCUCUGUAGGUUCAGCGCGAGCACAAAGGUCAGCGAAUCCUUCCAUUUCGUCAAUUGGAGGGAGCGCAACGCACUGUCGGUUUGCAUAGAGAGGGGAGGCUUGGCAUAAUAGAGAGGAGUUGGAACUAAUCUGCACUCCCCAGACUAUUGUGUCAAUAUUGGAACUGAGCAACGCCCCAUGCGACAGGUGUCCGCUGGAGAAUCCUCUCUCUUUAAAACCAAUCUGAAAAAAAGAGGGAGAGAGUGAAGAUAAAUGGAAGGAUGGCCCACCAUGUCCCGAGUGUAUAUAUAGGAUACCUGCAACGGGCCACACUCCAUUCAGUGUUGCCUACAAGAUGAGCACAAUUUGCAGGUGUUACCGAUAUAGGUUUUUAAAAUCCGCUCGUCAACUUUUUUUUUUCGACAAUAGAUAGGCAAUGGUAAGUUUUACCUGGGACACAUUUGUAUGUUGGAAUACAUGUAAAUGACCAUUUUAAAGACAAUAUAAACUUUUGUAACUUUCUUUCCAGGUGUGGGGAUGGAGCAACGUAUGGAGAGUACAAACCUGAUGUAGUGUAGUCAAAGUACUUUUUUCCAAGACUGGACCAUCAUCAUAUUUGGAUUGAUUUUCUGUAUUUGUCUCACGUUGAGCCAUACGCACAAUACCUGAAGAUUAAGUUUUGUUCGUUCGGCUCGCGUUAAGCAGGUACAGAUUUUCUACAAAGCAGCAAGAGCACGUUCAUAUUGUAACAGAUGUCGUUGAAGGUGCUCUCUUGUCCUGUAACAAAUACUGACACUUUUGUACACUAAAAUUAGAGCCAUACAACAUUUUGUGUUUUGCAUUCGUUCGGCUAUAUUGAAUAUCUUAUGUGGUUUGAACAUUUGGGUUCAUUUCCCCCUGAAGACAACGGAUACAAAUUAUCGACCCCAAUUUUUUUAGCCAAGUGGAUCCUUUUUGUUGCUGCAUUUGUGGAUAAAGUUUUCGUACCUAUUUUUGAAAAAGUGUAUAUAUCAUUUUUUUUUGCUCACUCAAUAUAACUUAGUAUGCGCGUAUCUCUGUGGAUUUUAUGACUAGUUGUUCUACUUUUAUUAGGUUACCUAGUACUGCCUUCUUUUUUUUUUUAAAUGCCAUUUGGUUUUUCCUAUAUCGACAUGGUUUAAUGAUGAUAAAGUACGAGUUAUGUUAAUCAUUAACCAGCCAAAGAGCAUCUGAUAUGGACCAUCUGCUGUUUGGAUCCUCAUCUGCCUGGGAUCUGCACCUCUGUACAGGCUAGGCUACAUUACAUUAACUAUGACGUUCAUGGAGGUUUGGACUUCAUUCCAGUAAAUGGAGAAUGUAGCCCAAUAAACUACAGCUCGUCAUAAAAAACCACCGCGUCGCUGGAUAAACAUUUAAGCAGUGUUCUCCAUUGCUCAUGCACUGUAAAACAUGUUGCAUUUCAGUUUAGCACAGAGGCAUCAUACACUACAGGCCUAUCAUUGAAAGCAGACACUUCCAGUUUCCUCCUCAGACAGUAUCAACUGUAUUACCCAAUCUCCCACCACCCAGAUUAUUGACACCAGUACCCCAGGUAACUGUAUAGUCCCAUUCUAUUUUGAGCAUAACUUCAGGUGUCCAUUUGCAUAUCCAGUUUUCGUUGCGUGAAACAAUAAACAGCAUGGUAAAAGCUU